AACUCUCAUGACAAAUGAAAUUAGCUUGUUUUAUCCAUUGAAUGUGUCAACGACUAGACCCAGUAACAUGCAUCCAUCUGCAGUGCAAGUCUACCGAGCCAGAAAUUCUUUGUGUGCUCGUUUUUGGGUACAUGCAAAAAAUGAACUACAGUUAGUAGUAGUACUGCUGUUCGUGCACUGCUGAGGAGUGUCAAUUUUGCGUGUGAAAACACAGACUUAAGUCAUCAUGGCAAACAGGAUGCCCUCGAUCAUCCAAGAUGCUGCAACCAUGACAACAAAGUCAACCUCCAACUCCGAACAAGAGUUCCAGCUCAUCUCACCAGAUGAAGCUAUGAAGAUGCAAAUGGAGCAAAUACAAGAACUUCCUUCUGGCAAGAGGUGGCCGUUUGACAUGGGACCCCUUAUGCUGUCGGUCAAUGCAGGCCUUGUAGGCGUCAUCAGUAACUCCUUCUUCAGACGGAUGUUGAUGGUCCGUAAAGGUCUCUUCCUCACCAGUCUUCCUAUGGCCAUAAUGCCUGCUCUGAUUAUGACCCCAGCAUGGUCAGAGUUGAUCUCAAAACCCAUUCUACUUGGAAAUAUGAAAUGUGAGAUUUGUGCCGACAUCAGAGGAGGAUUGAUAAACUUUGCUCUCGGAGCUGUGUAUCCAUUUUUCCUGGCAGGUCCUCUCAGUGCUGCUCUUGCUAAACGCUAUGAUACGGUCAAAAUUCCUAAACUAAGCCUCAAGAAGUCGGACCAAAGGACAUUGUUUAAUUUCUGGUCAGGCAAGGUGCGGUACUUCAAAACACAAUUUAUUGCAAUAACAAUCUUCCAGACCUGUUUUGGGAUGUACGUUGCAGGCUCGCAGAUUGCACUAAUGAGGAAUGGACUGAAAAAGAAAUUAGAGAAGCUGUGAAACCUCAAUUGACUGAUAAAUGUGGAAUAAAAUCCAGGAAACUCAUUUAAAAGAACUGGAGCUGUGAAAACUUUCACAUGAACACACUGUUAAAUGUAGAUUUCAUUCUUCAAAAACAGAAAACUGGAUCAAGAGAACAGGAGCUGUGAAAACUUUCACAUCAACACGCUAUUAAAUGUGGAUUUAAUUCUUCAAAAACAGAAAACUGGAUCAAGAGAACAGGAGCUGUGAAAACUUUCACAUCAACACGCUGUUAAAUUUGGAUUUCAUUCUUCUGAACUGAAAACUGGAUCAAGAGAACUGAGGCUGUGAAAACUUUCACAACUUUUCUGGUUAUUUUGAAUGAGUAAACAUGUACAAAACUGUACAUUAUUUUAAAUGUUUGAUUUUAAUCACUACUUUGAUAAAAGGGAUACUUGUAAUAAGUCUUAGCAUGAUGAAAAAAAUAAACAAAUUAUGUCAAAAUAAUGAAAAAUUUAAGGAAGAGGAUGGCCUUUUUAUAGUGAAUACAACCUAUGCAGUAGGAGGAAUUGCACCAUCUUGAUCAAGGGUCAUGGUGGAUAUUCAUUCUACAGGGGUUUACUGGGUUAUCAUGUACACUAGCCUGGUUUACAUUGUCUAGUAAGAAUUGUUGUUGGUUAGUAAAUAACACUUCUCAGUUUGCAAUGUGGGCUACAAAAACAAAUGUACAACAUACUUGGUUAAAAUGCUCAGAUUUCAUCUUUUCGGAUGUGAAUAAUAAACUUAUAAAAUUUGUUAUUUUAGUUGUUGAGUGUGGAUAUGUUACUUCCUUUAACAUUUAAACUGGGUGAGAUAGCUACCAUUAGUACAUCAGAAAGAUACAUUUAUGACAAUACAUGUUUACAAUCAGGGCUGCUAAACCUUCCAUGGGGCUUCUUUAACAAAUAAAAUACAGCACAAGGCCUGGGUUUGUGGUAUCGCAAGGAAAACAUCUCCUAAAAGUUGUAACCAACUGAGUUUUUCAUCAAUGUUUUCCUGGUAUUUUUUUCGAAAUGCUACUAGUUAAGUUACCAUUUUGUUCACUUUAGUAGACUUAUUUACUGUGGCACUUUUUGUUGUAUUCGACAUGGAGGUCGUUCGACAAGAGUAUUGGUGCCUUCAACAAAGACCACUCGAUAUUGGUGAAGAGGCUAAUGCAAAAGUGUAACCAAACUACAUAGCGCCCUCUUGUGUCAAAUAUGGAACCUUUUGAAACAACCGCCGAAACUAUUAAAAACUGCCACAUUAUUUUUUCACAGGAUACAGGAGUGCAGAGAUCCGUGUGCCAAGGACACUAAGGUUAUUUAAAGAGGUUGACAUUCUGAACUUGAGCUGUGGUUAAACAAGUCAGGGUUGACCAAUGCCUGUUAAAGAUGCUAUGUCAGAUUUUUGG